UAGUAAUUAAGGCGACCGCAUUUACCCCCAACAAUCAUUUACUAAGCAGCCAUGCAUAUCAUCAUAAUUGGCGCUGGUACAGGCGGCCUUGCUCUAGGACACGCUUUGCAAAAAGCUAAUGCGAACAUCUCAUUCACCAUCUACGAGCGUGAUCGCACGCGGAAGGACGGCCUGUAUGGUUACCGUGUCGGCAUCUCCCCAGAUGGUUCUCGAUCCCUAGCCGCCUGCUUACCACCUGAUCUAUUCGAAGUUUUCAAAUGUACCACUGCUAUUACUCCCGACUAUUUCAACAUGCUCACAGAACAGUAUACGGAGCUGCUCAGCAUUAGUGGUUUCAGCGAGUCCUCGCCACAUGGCGCAGGGGCUGAGCGCUCAGUUAGCCGCAUGACGCUGCGCCAGCUCCUCCUUACCGGACUAGAGGAUGCUGUUAAAUUCGAUAAAGCAUUCACCCACUACACCCUCAACGCUGACGGUACUGUCACCGCCAAUUUCAAGGACGGCACUCAGGCUGUUGGCGAUGCUCUCGUUGGUGCGGACGGUACAAACUCCCUAGUACGAAAACAGUAUCUUCCCCACGCCAUUUUGAAAGAGACUGGGCUAUAUGGAGCAACCGCGAAACUCCCGCUCACAGAAGAAACGCGAAAAUUGCUUACUCCCAAAGUUCUGAGAGGAGUUAACAUGUUCACGGCACCUCACGGAGAUAGCUGCAUUCUCCACGUCAUGGAGUUUCCAUGGGAUCAUAAUGGAAAUUUGAAAAAUAACGUUGGGGCCAACGACCAAGAGCUAAUAAAGGAAUGGCCGGGCCUGAAUUUUGAUAACACGAGGGAUUAUAUCAUGCUUGGGUUUGGCUCACACGGACGACGAUUGCCCAAUAACUACAUGUCUCUAGACGGGCCGAGUCUGCAUGCUUUAUUAUUGGAUCGCACCUCCUCCUGGCAUCCCGAUUUGCGUAAACUAUUUGAGUUAUCUGAACCGAAUACCUGUUUCCCGCUUAACAUCCGCACGACUGAGCGCCUACAGCCCUGGGAAAGCAGCGCGGUUACUCUAAUAGGUGAUGCCAUUCACACAAUGACUCCCGGUUUAGGCGUCGGUGCGAAUACAGCACUUCUUGAUGCCCAGAUAUUAACUGCAGCCCUAGUGUCGUCGGCGGAGAAGGAUCUCUCGGUUGUCACAGCUGUAGCAAAGUAUGAACAGCAGAUGCACACGUAUGCCUGGGAUCGGGUAGAGAAAUCGCUCGAGAGAUUUAAUGCAGACGAUGCCAUCUAUAAGCCAGGACUACGAGGGGGACUAGCAUUGGUGCUAAUGCGGCUUGGCAUGAGGGCGGUGAAUUCCUUGCCACCAAUUAAGCGCAAGAUGGCCGCUGCAAUGACUGCAGAACGAGGAGAGCGUGAUUAGCGGUUUUGUAUAGCAGAAUUGCGGGUUCGAGUAUGAUGCUGCAGUUACCAAGGCAGGAGGUAAGCUAUGAGUGGUUUACGGGAUUAUGUACAUACCAAUUUCUCCUCUAUUUAAUUAUAAGCGCUGAGGCGUGGUGUUUCGUUUUAUAUAAUAGUUUGCCGUAUAUAUUUUUCUUUCCCUGCUUCUGCACUAUGUAACAUAACAUUCCGUUUCUGUUUUUAUAUCAUG